GUUUACACUCACAUUUACAUACGUAUUUAUCGAUGGAUAAACAAGAGGUCAAAAUAUCAGCAGACCAGGCGUUACUUUUAUCACGUUUCGUAACACGUUUCUCAAUCGCGAUUCCUACUCUUACAUACCAAGUUGAUGUUAACGGUUUCUCGUAAAAAUACAAAAAGUACUCGACGAGCAUCGUCGAACCACUAUUCGAAUGAAGCAAUUGUGCACGAGCUUCCUGUAUUUUUGAUUAGAGUCUAUUAGAAAUAAAUGGUCGUUAUUGGUCAAGGGUUCUCAUCCAAGUAUUAUUCCAUUGCGUAACGCGUCUCUAACGACGUAACAUAUUUGCAACGAAGACUGGCGUUUUCGGGUAACGUUGUAUAUCGUACGGGUAUAUCGUACGUGUAGCGUGUAUCCAUCGGAAUUACCACGAUCGUGCCUAUUCUUUCGUUCGUUAGGUAUUUAUCACGGCAAUGUUCGUCGCUCGGUACUUGAUUCUUCGAAACGGUAGUUUGUUUGCGAUCGAACGUUGGCGGCAAUGCUUGGCCGACGACGCUUCCACAAAUUGGAGUAGCUGUUUCUCGAAGGAAACGCGCGGUGACUCGCGUAUGACCGCGGUUAUUACGAUGACAACGACGACGACGACGUCGUCGUAAUUCGUUACUAAUAAUACUAAUCUCGCUCCGAACAUGUUUACGCGAAGCGUUACCUCCGAGCAUCCUUAUUAACGUAUCGACGAAACGGCCUUUCAGUGUUUUAACGUCUUUCGUCCCGUUGCGAGUUGCGCGAAAAUGACACGAUUGGAAAAUUGCCAAGAUCGUUUUGUUCUGCCAAUAACUUUUUUAAACUUGAUCGAUGAUCAACCAAGUUCGGAAGGAAUUUCCGAUCGUUGGAGUCGGAUUAGAAAACGGUCCGGCAAAGGCGAAGGAGCCAAGCUCGACAUCAACGACGAAUACCUCGGGCAACGGUUCAGCCGGGAAUAAUGGCGGACACGUACCUCUUCGCCGUAGCUACACCUCCCUGGUAACAACCCUGAUCGAACAGCAUCGUAAACUAGAUCGCAGCGCGAGCGAGCCAACGUCUCGCUAUAAAACUGAGCUGUGCAGGCCAUUCGAGGAAAGCGGCACCUGCAAAUAUGGCGAUAAGUGUCAGUUCGCUCACGGUUACAGCGAGCUGCGGAAUCUUGCCCGGCAUCCGAAAUACAAGACCGAGCUGUGCCGCACGUUCCAUACAAUUGGUUUCUGUCCGUACGGACCCCGUUGCCACUUCAUUCAUAACUUCGAGGAGGCUCGAAUUCACAAUCAAAAAGUGAGCGCGCAACUAGGAUCCACGCAACCGAACAUAAUGGGCUUGAAUCCUAUUCUAAGCGCGGCAGCAGCGGCAGCCGCAGCCGCAGCCGCCGGUGGAAAUACCUGCAAUGGUUCGAACGUCAAUCCAACGACGAUCAGCAGCGUCGCUCUGCUCGAACAGAUCGCGGCCUCGCCUCAGGUAGCGGCAGUCGCGGCCGCGGCGACCCCCAACCUCAUGAGAGCCAAUUCCUUGAGCCUGUGUAGUACCACCAAUACGUACAAUCCACCGCCAUUGCUCAGAACCAACUCGUUGAGUCUAACGACUAGCCAACACCACCACCACCACCACCACCAUCACCAUCAUCAUCAGACUAGCUCGACGACCGUUAGCUCGUCGGUGAUCGGCGCCACCAGGCCGAAGCCGACCUUUUCUCUCGGCAGCACCGGAGACUCGGUUUCCCCGUCGUCCAGCCUCAGUCAGUCGCCGACCAACUCUAUGGCGAGUUUCUUCAGCGACGACUGCAAUCAGCAACAGUCCGUUACCUCGCCGUUCAGCUUCGGCCAGGAUUUCGGGCUCCUUGCCACGAGACGAAGUCCCAGCCCUCGAACCAACAGCGUAUGCAGUCCUUUGAGCUCCGAGGAGCCCACUCCGAGAACACCGUCCCCGCUCUCACCGAACGCCGAGUCCAGACUGCCGGUCUUCAACAGGAUCAGCAGCACCCUCGCCGACUUUGAGAAUCUUAAGAUCUAAGGGAAUUCUCUUCUGGGUCCUUCGACUUCCUUUGGUAUAUUCUAUUUUCCUAACGUUAUUUCUGAUAGAUAUGCACGGCAACGUUUCAAAGAACAGGCGAGAGCAAGGAGACAGAGAGAGAGAGAGAGAGAGAGAGAGAGUGAGACAGAGAGACGAUAAAGAGCGUUGGACCCAAAGCACACGCGUUAAAUUAUAUAUGUAUCGAACGAAAAGACAGGCGAAUAUUUAGGGAGAGGGGACGGACUCUUCCACCGAUUCAAACAAGUUUUUCCUUUUCUCUUAUCUCGUUUUUAACAUUUGAACUGUAUUUCUCGCAUCAGACGGGCCUUCCUCUCCCGUCGUACUCGGCUUCUUAUUUAACCGUUUCUUUUUUAUUCGUAGAAUACAAUAGACAUCUUACUCGUUCAUUUCUACAUGUUUAUCAUAAUUAUAAUUAUACUAUUAUUAUUAUUAUUAUUAUUAUUAUUAUUAUUAUUAUUAUUAUUAUAUAACUAUAUUAUACAUAUACAUAUACAUAUAUAUGUAUAUAUAUAAUAUUAUGUCAGUAUAUUAUACCAUCAUCGCUACAAUUAAUAUUAAUAACGUUAUCGGUAAUAUCACUGGCGACUCUGAAUAUCGCCGUUAAUUCUAACCGCAUUAGUAGCGUCAGUCACUUUGUGACUCCGACUACAGGUCCGUUUCCAUCUUUUUUCUCUUCUUUACUUUAGGUUUACGCUCGUUUAGUGGAAAGGUCGAGAUGGUAUCAGCCCGGAUGUCUCGACCUGCUCGUGAGAAUCCUUGGAUGAUUCAACCGUGGAAAAGGAGAAAGAUAGAGGAAAGAAAAAGAGAAGCGCAAAGAUCCGGGAGCAAGGAUAGCUCGAACGUUAAGAACAUGCAGAAACGAAAAGGCGGCGAUGGGAGCAAAAAGGUACGGGAAGAACGAGUCCAAGUUUCUACCGAAUUCUGACUUUGCUCGAGCAAGUUGUUCUUUGAUCUCCUUUGGACUCGCGCAGCCCCAUCUCUCGGCAUCUCCGCUUUCAAUGUCCGAUCCUCGGCUUUGUCCUUGCUCCUCCGUUUUGUUGCUUGGUUCGCGCGAGGAUUCUCGCAACAACGAGGCGUUUUUCCAUCCGGGGCAGGUGAAAUGUUGCAAUAUUUCAAACCAACUCGUUCGUUUUUUAAAUAAUUCCUGGAUUUCUUCUUGCGAAAAAACGGGAGGGGAAAGUAGACUUUUAAGAGUGAAAGGAAGGCGAGAUCGAGUCGCACGAGAGAAAUAAUUGAAAGCAAAACAGAUGGAGAGGAAGAUAUAUAUAUAUAUAUAUAUAUAUACACAUAUAUAUACACACACCCACACACAUAUAUAUAUUAAUGUGUGUGCGCGCGUGCGCACAUGUACAUAUGUGUAUGUGCAUAUACACGCGUGCGCGUGCAUGAACACGAGUAAAACGUGUUGCGUCGGUGUUGGGUUUAAGUGACGAAGCGCACGAGAUCACAAUCAAAGAUCAUGCUAUGCAAAUUAAGUGGCUUAGAAACUCCGAUUGUCUUCCAACGUUAGAGCGAGUGAGAGUGUGUUUGUGCGUCAGUGUGAUAUUACGAAGUAACUUAGACAGAGUGGAAGGAAGAGAGAGAGAUCGAAUGGUGAGAGCAAGAAGCGAGCAAAAGGAAGAUAAUGAGAGAAAGUGAUGCGUUCGUGAUCACACGCGCGUGCGUGCGUGCGUGUGUGGGUGUGUGUGGGUGUGUGUGUGUGUGUGUGUGUGUGUGUAUGCGUGUGCGUGUGCAUGCAUGUGUGCGUGUGAACGAAAGAACGUGCUCAUUUAACGAUAAGUUAUACGAAGAUAGAUAUUUUUAUAGACGAGAAUUCGCCAGGGCUUUCAAUCGCUUUACGCGUUCAAGGCGAACUUUGUACGAGAGACGCUGUACGCCAACGAGACGUUGACAACUGAUUUAUUACGUUCCGCGAGAAAAAAGAUUUUUGUCUUUGGAAUAAUGUUCUAUCCUGAGACGAAAAUAUCUUCUAAUGGAAUUUCUUACCAGCAUCAGAAUUACUUUUAUAAUUUUCUUUUUAAUCGAUUUUUAGACAUUUUAUCCAUCUAAAGACGUUCUUGAUUCUUUUUCAUUUUCUAGUUUAUUGGACCGAAGAAGCAUUAUCGGACGUACGUCAUAGCUUGGUUGAAAAUUUUGGUUUUUUCCACGUUCUUGUUUGUUUUCUUUUACGUUCUCGGUUAAUCGAUCGAUCAAAUGUUCGAAAGGAACAAAGAAAAGUCUAUUUUUACCGGCUUUCCAAAGCUAAGACAAUCGAGUAAUUGUAAGGAAUUUUAAUGGCAAAGGAGAGCCGAUUAUUUCCACGACCAACUCGUACCAAAAGCAAAUCUUGGUAAACCCAUUUCUUUCUCUAACGUACCAUGAAACGAAUUCGCUCCAGCUUUAGCUCGACAGGAUAAUAUGCUCUCUCUGUUCCUCCCUCAAACUCUCGUUCAAACUCUAUACGAUAAUAGUUGAUAUUAGUAUCGCGAUAGCUACAUGUCGCUUUUCUUUUUUUAUGGGAAAGGACAAUGCGUGCGUAUAUAUAUACACCGCGAAGUGGACCCUAUUACUCCUUCCGUUUCCCGUCGUUUUUAACAUCUUAGCCUCAACCGCGAUAAAAGCAUUAACAUUAUGGCAAAAAAAAAAAAAAAAAAAAAAGAAAAGCAAUUCUGUUACGAAGAGAGCGAGCGGAGAAAACAUAUAGGUAGAUCGAGCGAAAGCGACAGUGAGCUUAGGGCAAUGAGGCGGCGUAAUUUCCAGAGUGCUUCCGUCUGCCAGCAAAUAAUCACUUUUCGUGUUAAGAUCGUUCAAAAGCGUCGUUUCGAGAAAGUGGAACGACGAACCGACUAACUUGUCGGUGUAUAUUUUCGUUUGUCUUAUUUUUUAUUUUCAUUUCUUUUUCAAAUAUCGCCAAUGGAUUUCUUGGCGAAAAAAGCGCGUUGCCCCACGAGAAUGUCAAAAGAACAACGUUGAGCAAUACGAAACAAAAAAGAAAGUGCUAAAUAACGUA